UUGACUUCAGGUGCAGCAGAAUUCCCCAGCCCCCCAAGGAUUUGAGACCCAUCAGCUUUCCUCACCUGGUUUAGCCGGCCGGUUGAAGCCGUUGCUUGAACCCCUGUUGCAUGCUGACAGCUUCUGGAAGCCACAGGAUUUCCUUUCUGCCCACUCUGAAAAAGGUGAUGGAGAAGACAGAAUUGCAGGGGACAGGGCACCUUUCAUUUCAUUAGGAAUAGCCAUUAAAAUGUGUGAAAUGUGGAAUAUGUCUCACUGAAUGAGCACACAUAGUUCACAUCAACGAACACAAAAAGCAAAGAACCCAUUUAAAGGUAUGGAGUGCAGAAAGAGCUUCUCUUUCAAUGCAAAACUUAGAACACACCAGCGGACUCACACAGAGAGAAAACGUUUUAGGUGCAGGGAGUGUGGGAAGAACUUCAGUCAGAGUGGACACCUUAGAAAUCAUCAACGGACUCACACAGGGGAGAAACCAUUUAAAUGCAUGGAGUGUGGAAAGGACUUCAGUCAGAAUUGACACCUUAGAUCCCAUCAACGGACUCACACGGGGGAGAAACCAUAUAUAUGUAUGGAGUGUGGAAAGAGCUUUAGUGAGAGUGGAAGCCUUAGACAACAUCAACGGACUCACACAGGGGAGAAACCAUAUAAAUGUAUUGAGUGUGGAAAGACCUUUAGUGAAAAUGGAAGCCUUAGGAAACAUCAACGGACUCACACAGGGGAGAAACCAUUUAAAUGCAUGGAGUGUGGAAAGAGCUUCAAUCACAGUGGAAACCUUAGAAAUCAUCAACGGACUCACACAGGGGAGAAACCAUAUAAAUGUAUCGAGUGUGAAAAGAGCUUUAGUUUUAGUGAAAGCCUUAGAACACAUCAACGGACCCACACAGGGGAAAAACCAUUUAGAUGCAUGGCGUGUGGAAAGGACUUCAGUCAGAAUGGAAAACUUAGAUCCCAUCAAAGGACUCACACAGGGGAGAAACUAUUUAAAUGCAUUGAUUGUGGAAAGAGCUUUAGUGAUAAUGGAAAACUAAGGAUACAUCAAAGGACUCACACAGGGGAGAAACCAUAUAAAUGCAUUGAUUGUGGAAAGAGCUUUAGUGAUAAUGGAAAACUAAGGAUACAUCAAAGGACUCACACAGGGGAGAAACCAUAUAUAUGUAUGGAGUGUGGAAAGAGCUUUAGUGACAGUGGAAGCCUUAGACAACAUCAACGAACUCACACAGGGGAGAAACCAUAUAAAUGUAUUGAGUGUGGAAAGAGCUUCAAUAAGAGUGGAAACCUUAGAAAUCAUCAACGGACUCACACAGGGGAGAAACCAUAUAAAUGUAUCGAGUGUGGAAAGAGCUUUAGUGAUAGUGGAAGCCUUAGACAACAUCAACGGACUCACACAGGGGAGAAACCAUUUAAAUGCAUGGAGUGUGGAAAGAGCUUUAGUGAUAAUAGAAAACUAAGGAUACAUCAACGGACUCACACAGGGGAGAAACCAUAUAAAUGCAUGGCGUGUGGAAAGGACUUCAGUCAGAAUGGACACCUUAGAUCCCAUCAAAGGACUCACACAGGGGAGAAACUAUUUAAAUGCAUGGAGUGUGGAAAGAGCUUUAGUGAUAAUGGAAAACUAAGGAUACAUCAACGAACUCACACAGGGGAGAAACCAUAUAAAUGCAUUGAUUGUGGAAAGAGCUUUAGUGAUAAUGGAAAACUAAGGAUACAUCAAAGGACUCACACAGGGGAGAAACCAUAUAUAUGUAUGGAGUGUGGAAAGAGCUUUAGUGAUAGUGGAAGCCUUAGACAACAUCAACGAACUCACACAGGGGAGAAACCAUAUAAAUGUAUUGAGUGUGGAAAGAGCUUCAAUCUGAGUGGAAGCCUUAGAAAUCAUCAACGGACUCACACAGGGGAGAAACCAUAUAAAUGUAUUGAGUGUGGAAAGAGCUUCAAUCUGAGUGGAAACCUUAGAAAUCAUCAACGGACUCACACAGGGGAGAAACCAUUUAAAUGCAUGGAGUGUGGAAAGAGCUUUAGUGAUAAUAGAAAACUAAGGAUACAUCAACGGACUCACACAGGGGAGAAACCAUAUAAAUGUAUCGAGUGUGGAAAGAGCUUUAGUGAAAAUGGAAGCCUUAGGAAACAUCAACGAACUCACACAGGGGAGAAACCAUAUAAAUGCAUUGAGUGUGGAAAGAGCUUCAAUAAGAGUGGAAACCUUAGGAAACAUCAACGGACUCACACAGGGGAGAAACCAUAUAAAUGCAUGGCGUGUGGAAAGGACUUCAGUCAGAAUGGACACCUUAGAUCCCAUCAACGGACUCACACAGGGGAGAAACCAUAUAUAUGUAUGGAGUGUGGAAAGAGCUUUAGUGAUAGUGGAAACCUUAGACAACAUCAACGGACUCACACGGGAGAAACCAUAUAAAUGUAUUGAGUGUGGAAAGAGCUUCAAUAAGAGUGGAAACCUUAGAAAUCAUCAACGGACUCACACAGGGGAGAAACCAUAUAAAUGUAUCGAGUGUG